AAUUUAAAUUCCUCCUACACACUCAUAGCUCACCUAAGGGUAAAAAUUUUCAGCAUACAGACUAGAGAAAUCACCUUACCUGUACAUUUUGCCUAGUGAAGAGAAAGGUAGCAAUUUGAACAUGAAGGCUGCGAUUCUACUGUUUUGUCUUCUAGGAUCAACUCUGUCAUUACCGAUGCAGCUCAACCCUGCUCUGGUGCUUCCUCCUACCAAGCUCGUUCCAGAUCAGGAAACACCGCUAAACCAACAGCAGCCAAGUCAGGUCUUCUCUUCUUUAAGUCUAAUUCCUUUGACACAUAUGCUCACACUGGGGUCAGACUUGCAACUGCUAAAUCCUGCUGCAGGGGUGGCAUCUGGUACACCGACCCUCCCACUGGCCCUGGGGGGACUGAAUGUACAGCAGCGGCUGCAACCACAAAUGUUACCAGUUAUUGUAGCACACUUUGGAGCCCAGGGUACUAUCCUAAGCUCAGAGGAAUUGCAAGGGACCUCUCAAAUCUUAACAGGCCUUAUCUUCCAUCCCUUGCUCGCUGGAGCCAUCCUGCCCACCAGUCAGACUAAUCCAGAUGCCCAGAAUGGAAUCCUUCCUGCAGGACAAGCAGGAGCAAAUCCUGCCACCCAGGGAACCCCAGAGGACCCCUUCUCAACCCCCAGUGGCACAGACGAUGACUUUGCAGCAACCACACCUGCUGGCAUCCAGAGGGGCAGGCAAACCACGGAGGAAACCCCCACGGCAUCACCCAAAGGAAUUCAGUAAGCUGUCUCAAUUUUUUUUCAACUGAACCACCUCAAAAGUGGUGACACAUGAGAAUCUUCUUCAUUGAUCAUAUUAUUGAAUAGAUUAAGACAUACUGGACAGUACCAGAAGAAAUUAAUUCUUAGCUUAUUUAAAAAUUUUUCUUGAAAUUUCAGAAAAUAUAUACUUCCUGAGAAUACUGACUUCUGAAAAAACUACUAAUGAAAUGCAUAAAUUUGUCUUUCAAAUAUAAUAUUAUGCCACCUUGGA